AUGAAGAAGUUGAGCUCCAUACGAUCUUGGUUGCGCGGGGGUGCGUCAAGCGCGCGGCUGAAUAAGGGUCAAUCUCUUAAUUCGACUGAUGACGCAGCUUAUUUCAAUCUUGUUCGAUCAAGACUUACUGCGAAUUUAGAGUUCGCCAGUGCACGGGCUGAAACGCUUUGGCUACAGCUGAAGAAAGCGGUAAUUGCGGAAAUUCUGGCUGUUGAAGAACGGACACGAGAAGGACAUGUGUCAACGACAUCUUCGUCUGGAAGUACAGCACACCUUUUGGCGGCUUUUUCAGGAUCAGUAGAUGCUCGCGACGUGAAGAAAAGUGCUCAAAUCUUCAGCGAAGUCAAGAAAUUGGGAGAGGUAUUCGACAUCAAAGCCUUGCAGGACGCAGACGAUCGGCUCACGGUGUGGCAACGGUUAGAUUCAGCGUUGAAGAUGCACGAAGCUGCUACAGAGCAUGGAUUUUAUGGCGUCGACUCGGUCUUACUCUUACAGACUUCAUACUAGUAACUGUAACAAGUACGUAGUCGUUGAUGUCUUGUUCACAGCAUGAAAAGGUAGUCCGAAAAAUCUGCCCUUUCUCUGUUUGUACGAUUAUGACGAUACUUAUACUUUCUCUUUCCCGAAGUUAGAGCUAGAAGUGUUUUUCUAGAUAUCAAUGAAUAUCUUCUAAAACAUGGGAGAGUCGUUCGAUGCGUGGGCGCAGCUCGCACCGUGGAUCGCGUUUGGAGAGGAGAAGCUUGGUAUAGUAGGUACGGCGAAGAAGAAAACCGAGCUAAGCACCUCUGCUGGGGCAACGAUGCUCAAAAAGCGGCUAGAUGCCGUAUUAACAAUGGGUGAGAACGAUCGACAACGCACCAGUCACAAGAAUUAUCAUGAUAAGGGCAUCAAAUCUACCUCUGGAGGACAAGGGCUGCAAGUGAAUGCGUCGAGCCAGGAAAGCGUGCAGCACCAGCGAGCGCCCUCAUCGUCAGGGGCUACCUCCGCUGCCAACGGAGCAUCAUUAUCUUCCUCUACAACAAAGAACCAAGCUAAAAAUAGUGCUACACAAAAUAGAAACCCUUUACCAAAUCAUACAGCGGACAAUGUUGGAGGAGGAGGUGCGGCAGCAGAGCGGGCUCGGUCAGCAGGUGGCUCUACGCGCUAUGUGGAUGCACGACCACCGUCGCCCUCGUCUGCGCGAAGUGCGAAUGGCGGCUACAACAGGCACCGCGGCCGUGGAUUCUCGACGUCGAGCCAGACCUCAUCAGGAGGCGGGCCUCGCGACCGAAGCACGCCACGUGUUGUCGACGAGGCUGGCGAUGAAAUUCCAUGUAAAAAUACUGAAUUAGCAUACCAAAUUUUCGGAAAUUCGAUAAUUCUAAUCGACCUAGUACAUGAUGCUCAAGAAGCAUAAACUUCAUCUUUUCAUCCUAUUUUAGGCAUUGAGACUAAGUUUGACUUUGGCGUUGUGAUUUUCCGAUCGUAAUUCGUCCAUGUCCAUAACCUUUCAUUUUCAUCGAACAUACAAGUCUCCAUGUAGUUACACAAAAACGUGUCCUUUGAAACAAUCUAUCUGAACAGUGACUGCGCGCAGCAAUCGAAGCAAUGUUUAUGAGCAGCUAAGCAGUGAAAAAGCUUCUAUGGAUUUAGACCCACUAAAGAAACUUGAUCGAGAUCGAAUACGCCGGAACGCUGAGGGCUUGAACACUCCACGGAGUGGCACGCCGCAACGAGGAGAAUCAAGUAAGCAAAAUGCAGGGCAAAGUCACUUGCUCUUUAUUGUCUUUAGUCACACUUUGGUGGUGCUUGUCCAAUGACCUUCAAAUCAUGGAUUUUGUUAGCAACUAAUUCGGUUCCUCAAUAAGAAAGAAUCAACAUCAUAUUAACUUCUCGAAAUAACCGUCUUUGGUCAACACAUCUUUAUUGUCCUUCUACCGUGUGAGAAUAAGUACGUCUUUCCCUCGUUCAUUAAAUUAAUAUUUAGCUGUUGGACUACAUCUAGACUUCAUGCAAUAAGGGGUUAGUAGUUAUAGUGUUCUCAAUUCUUAUUUUACCAGAUGGACGUCCUUCACACCGGCCAUCAAGUGCGAGUUUGAGAAAACGGGCAGCGCCGCCGUUGCCUCCGCUACCGACUGGUGAACACGCUGACGCAAGGAGGAGGGAACAAGAUCUGCAUGAGGAACAAAUAUCUUACAACCAGAACUUUGAAGGAGCACGCCCUUUUUCCGCAAAGAGUAUUCGGAUCGCUGAGGCCUUGAGCACGAGCAAAGCGAAGGUGGAAGUGACGGACGCGGCAGUGGCGGAAGACCUGUCACGACUGAAGAAGCAGAAACGUCCAGUGAGUGCUGGUCUCUUCGCAUUUCGUCAGUACACAAAAAGUUCGCCUGUCGAGUCUGCGGUAGAACGCGAACUUGGCCCGGGGCAGCUGUAUGUCGAUGUUGCCGCUCCUGGUCCUGGUUCCUCCACGGCGCGUCACACUGCAGGGGGAUCCUCCUCGUCUUCAUCAGACGCAAGAAAUAGUCGUGACGACAUGCCUGCACGGCCGCCACAAGCGCCUCAAUCCUCUGGUUCUCAACGCAAUUUUCGCGGAUCACAUGUAUCAUCGUCCUCAACUUACGGCUUCACAUCAGGAUAGUUUAUCUUUAUAUUCGCUCAUCUUCUCAUGCUCAUCUUUGUAAUCUUUAUUUAUUAACCUUGGUGGACGUGGAAAUGGAAUAACGAGGGAUCAUAGUGUUUUUUGUUGCCAAAAAGAUUGAUUGGCAUUCUUGUUCUACUUGAUGAGCUCCUCUAAUGAUCCGCCUCGAAGCGAGGACCAGGAGCAGACGUGGAAGACCAGCGCGAUCUUCAACAGAAGGAGAAGAGUAUGUUUUCUUCGCCACCUACCAAAGGUGAACCAUUGGCGGCUGAGUCGACGCCAUGGAGAAUAUCUUCUUCUUCCGCCGGAAAUAUUAAGAACAGCCGACGAAAGAGCUCGCCUGCGACGUCGUCACCUUUAGAGGGUGUAGAUCUCGACUUGGACGAAGAAGAGCAUGAGGCGGAUUCCUACUGUCUUGGCAACUACACGGGGUCUUCGGCGAAGACAUCAGGAGUUUCCGCUGGAGGAGAAGGAAACACAGUUAUGAUGAAAAAUGUCCCACAGACGUCCCGCUGGUCGUGGAGCUAAAGCUUGAUAACUCGGAUCGUGUCGUGCUCAACAUGGUUUUUCUGACUCGCCUCGAGUUGAUGAGCUGCAACAUUUGUAACUUCGUAUAGUUCACCGUCGUAAGUAAUGACUCUAGUUCUAAGCAUGGUGCAGCCACCGCCACGAGCCGAAAGAAUCGCGGACACAAAGCCGCAGAGUAUCAGAUACCGAAGAUGGACAUGAGCGCAUUGAAGCAGCGCUUCUUCGUGAACGCUAACAUAGUGCGCGAGGAUAGUAAACAGCAUCAUCAACCCAAAGCACCAGACGGUGGGGCAGCCAGCUCAAGUGGAGAUCGCUCCGACGCCGGUGGCGUGGACGCGCGCAGCACGAACUACUAUAGGAAUAGGCGACCGGAAAGCGCGUCGACGUAUCGUCAGGACCCAAGGUCCAGUUCUGCAGAAAACGAAGAAUACAAUAAUGCCUCAGAAUCGUCCGCAACGUCACACAUUAUGGGCAGGCGUGAUUGAUCUGAAUUCAAACUCUUAUACUUGUUAGUCAAUAUUGUAAGAAUGAAAACAACUUUUUUUGAAAUAUUAGCUAGCCGCGAGGGGUGCCGCUCUGCUAUCAUUAUUGGCCUCUUUUUAAAAGAGUAAGAAACUCUCUUGAUAUUCUGUUGGUCAAGGUCAUAAUCCUCGAAAUGUCACAAAGAUCACAAGGAUGAAGAUCAGCAAAAUGACCAAGAUCGCCAGGCAAAAGGUUACCGGAGCACCAUCCAAACGCCCGACGGGUUUACCGUCGCGCGGGUGUCUCUGGCUUCUCCUCUCUCUCUCGUUUGUGGCUCAAGCCUCCCAAUACAGUCAAGGACAAAACAGCACCGGAAUGAUCUCAAAGAUAACCUACAGACCUAAAUGCAUAUAGUUCCAAAAACAGUGAUCAUCAGGCAAAGGACCUUCAACGUAUUCAGAUAGAAGAAAUGAUGAAUGUUUCAUAGCUGUAAUCAGGUUCAUAACGUACUGUCAGUUCUGAUCAAUGAUGAGAAUCAACAUAGGAUGAUCGUAUGAAUCAAUGAUGAUAGCAUAAGCGUUUCCAUAUGAAAGUUUCCCCAUGCAACAUGAUAUCCCAAUGAUGAAGCUGAGACUUCCUCCAUGUAACCCCAAUGAACAUCCACAGGGAUCAAAGCAGCCAGAGAUCAUUAGUCUCAGGCUGUGAGUGCAAAUUGUGCAAACAGUAUCACUCUCAAGUGUUUCUCACCGAGAAACUAGACGCGACUUAACAGUCUGUGUUCGAAUGUAUCCAACACUACUUUGACCCUUGAGCUAAGUAUAGAGUAGAAAUCCAUCUAGAAACAACUUUUCAAAAUGUCCUGCGAUGCGAAAGAAAUUUCGAAGAAACUCGGACAGAAGUCCGACUGGCGAGCAUGGCAACUUGCCAUACGUCAGGAAGCUAGCCGUCUCGGCCUGCUUCAAAACUACACGAAUGUAGUCGGCAUUCCGGCAGCUCCUCAUGGUAUUCCUAACGGAGUUACCAAUCGGGAGGAAACAAUUCGGCAGAAGUGGCGCAACCUGAAAGAUGCGAUUAUUCGUAGUCUGAAAGGUGCCGCUGCGUCGUUCAUCAACAACCAGAACGAUAAUGGGCAGGUGGAUGCGAUGGAUGCAGGUGAGGUUGUUGUGCUCCUUCGUGAUGUAGGACACUUCGAUCAAAACAACCGUCAGGAACAACGGAUGAAAGUAAAACCGCUUACGGAUGGCGUGUUGAAGUUCCACAACGCGGAUCAACCUGCAGAUGUCACAGGAUUCUUGUCGAAAGUCCGAGACAUCAUGAACCAGUCGCCCACCGUGUACCCGCCGGAAGCAGGAGUGCCAGAAAGUGACCAACAAAAUGGUGCACUGCUACAGAAGUUGCCCGAGCUGUUCUGCAAGAACUUCAAGGCAACGAUCGAACGCAUGCAGGAAGAAGAUGGUCUGACAUUUGACCAGAUUGGUGACCGACUUGAAAAGCGUCUUGCGACGUUGAUCGAGGAGGGAACCUACAAAGUUGAGAACGAUUCCUUCGGGAAGGCGUUCCCGGUCAAUGUUCAGGAGACCUCGAAUAAACGUUCUCGUGAAGAGGAGGAUGACGAGGAAAAGGCCAAUGAAGGUGGUAAGAUCUUUCUGUCUAAAAGUGCUCUCAAGCGCUUCAAGGCAAACACAAAGAAGAAGAUCGCCGCCGAGGUCUAUGCCUCCAAUUCGAACGGCAAAGGAAAGCCGCAGAACAAAAAUAAUAAAGGUUCUGGAAAACAAGACACCCGUCCAGUCUGUUGGAUCUGCAACAAACCGGGUCACAAAUCCGCGUCUUGUUGGAAGAAUCCACAGAACCAGGCAAACUGGAACUGGAACACCAAUUCCCAAUCUAGUAGUGCUAUGGGUAAAGGUGGAAAGGGUAAUGGCAUGGUUCACAUGUCCCAAGUUGCGGAGCUGUGGCAAGCUCUCAACGGCGGAAAGCAGAGCUGAGUUGCGGAACCGGUGGAAAGCGGAUUUUGCUCGCUGAACUUGGAUGAAGAUGAGGGUGAAGAAAUAAACGUAAAUAAUACAGGGGAGGUAAAACUUGUGGGACAUAGUCUUUCAACUAGUUCCAUUACUACAAGAGAAGAAGUUAGUCUAGUCGAUAGUUGUGCAAACAAAUAUCUUUCAAGACACAAAGACGAUUUUAGUGAAAUAACUAUGAGAACUUGUAGGAUUACUGGUAGCGCUGGAAGUAAAGACGGAAGAGUAGGAAAACUAAAGUCAAACAUCUUAGGGCUCCAGUAUGGUGUUUAUUAUGAUUCACUACCAAAGGACUUAGAUCGUAUUAUACCUUGGUUAGGUGAAGGGAACUGCUCGCAAUUAGGAUGGGAAUUCAACUUCAAAGGCGCAGGUGGUUGUCUCGUACAUACGGACACCGGCCAGGCCAUACCCAUAAGAAGUCAUCCACGCUUGCAGCUUCCCAUACUUGCAUGCAACUUAUUUAAAGAAGAGACUGAUAGUGGUUAUAUUUGUUCAACAGUAGAAGAAGGAGUCAGUAGUUGUUACCUUACAAGACUCGAACUUCAUAGAAGAUGUGGGCACUUUCAUAUAGAUGGCCUCCAGGUAAAUUGCCCUGAGUGUGAUCUACAUAAAGGCCAACGCGCACCACAUGCAAAAGCUAGAGAUACUUCGAACUACAAACCUGAACCAUUGAAGUUACUAGCAAUCGACUUUGCUGUUGGAAUCAAACCCGUAUCAGUCAGGUCAAAGAGAUGUGUAUUAGUGAUCAUCUGUGAUGUAAUUAAGAAGGUGUUCUGUCGACCGCUUAAGCUGAAAAGUGACUGUGUGGAGGAAAUAGAAGAAGUUAUCAAAGGCAUUCGCCAGGACUACUCCUUAUCACUUGAUGACAAGGUAGUGUGGUUCCUCCGGAGGGAUGGAGAACCUGUCCUGAGCAGUGAUGACAUGACCAAAGUUAUGCAAUCGCUGCGAGUCUCAGACAGUCCGGCUGUUCCUUAUAAUCCGGAGAUGAAUGGGACCUGCGAACGUUUUAUGCGGACUUUGUUCGGCAGUGUACGCACAAUGCUGACUAAAGUUGAUAAACGCCUCUGGUGUUACUGCGUCGAGUACGCUGGUGACUGCUGGGAUCGUUUACCGCAUAACUAUGCAAAAAUGCCUCAACAUGAUGGAAAGAGUCCAAUUGAAAUCUUAGAAGAAAGGACUGGUAGAAACUCAUCGAAGAGUUCAAUCGGCAUGCUCCGCCGAUUUGGUUGUCUAGUUUACUUUCGUGAACAAAUUCAAGCCAACACUCCUGAACCCAAGCUCUCGGCCAAGUACCGCCGUGGCGUCUUCCUUGGACUCUGUCCGAAGUCGUCUGGUUGGUUGGUUGGAACUUUCGCUCAUGACGAUCGUUGCAAGCUUGGACAUCGAUGGGCGGAAUACUCUACCCUAGAUGUAAAGUUCAGAGAGGACUAUCUAAUUAAAAAUAUCGAUUGGCUUUUGCCAGAUCAGAAGGGCAUCUACAUUGAGUAUGACGAACUGGAAAAUCUGCAGAGUGGCGCGUCGUCGCUGGGCUCCCCCUUGCUUGGACAGUCAGUGCAAAGGCUGGAUCAUCAAUCGGGGUUCUCUGGCACGGAGCACAUUCCAGGUGGACCGACCGCGAUUUCCGACGAAUUAUUUAUUGAGACACUGGAUAAAGUAGAGGAAUCCAACGCAGCUGACUCUCCAAAAGGUGUUUCACUUGAGGAGGGGAAUGCUGAAGCGAAGGAUCGCGAGACAUCUGCUCCGCUAAGUCCGUCUAAGUCGAAAGCGCCUUCUCCAGCACGUGUUGUGGCAGGCGAACGCCGUACACACGUCAAGAAGCGUGGCCGACCAAAAGGAGCGAAGGACAAAGCAGGCAGCAGGGUUCGAAGAACAAAGAAACAGUUAGAAGAACUGAGAAAGAAUGUGGCGCUGUUCGCUAGUGCAGUAGGUGGCACGUGUGAAUUAGACGAAGAUGAGGAAUUCGUCGAAUCAUAUGUGAUUUUGUCCGUUGCUCAAGCACUCAAGUCUCCUGAUGCCGACAAAUGGCGGGAGGUUAUUGACAAAGAGCAUGCGAGACUACUAGCCUUUGAAACGUGGAAAGAAGCUUCUGACGAGGAGCUUGCGACCGCGCGACAGGCUCUACCAAUUGCCAUAAUUCUAACUAUUAAAAGAUGUGGAAGAUACAAGGCUCGCGCUUGUGUCCUCGGUAAUCUAGAUCGUUCAGGAGAGCUAAACACCUUUGCUCCCGUAGUUUCACACGCCGCUAAUAGGCUGCUCCUGACAUCUGCUGCGUCAGAACAGGACUAUGUGAUCCCGUUCGAUUUAGAUUCUGCGUUCCUCAAUGCUGAACUCGAUCGCGAUGUCUUCUGCCGUCUCCCACCCAUCUGGGCAGAGAAGCAUGGACGCGAGAUCGUGAAGCUCAAGAAGGCCUUAUACGGCUUGAAGGACGCACCACGAGCAUGGUUCAAGAAAUAUCACGACAUACUAGCCAGUAUUGGCUGGGAGCCGUGUGAUUCUGCGCCAGGCUUAUGGAGAAAGCCGAGUGCGAAGGUACCUGGGAAGUUCCUCAAGAUGUCAGUCUAUGUUGAUGACAAUCUUGCAACGGGUCCUGAUCUUGAUGAGCUCAAGACCGAACUAGAACUCAUCUUCUCGCGUGCCCCUGGCCGUGCGAUUGAUGUGGAGUCCGUUCCAACCCCUUGGGGUCAAACGUGGCUCAGGUUCGACUUCUUAGGUGCCAUCGUGUACUACUGCCGUGAAGCUCGAACAUUUCGGCUCAAUAUGGAGGAGUACAUUGAUAAAAUCGCAAAGAAAUUCGAAAUUGAUGUCGGAAAACCGGUUUACUCGCCCAAUUUUGACGAGUCGGCUUUUCUUGAGGAGGGGAUCAAGAUAGUCGAAGGGUAUCCCUUUCGUGAGGUAGUUGGUGCCUUGCUAUGGGUAGCUGUAACCGCGCGCCCGGACAUUUCUGUACCGGUGGCAGCAUUGGCUAGACAUGUCAGCAAACCCGCGUCAACAAGAAUGGUUAAAGCAGCCAGAAAAGUGCUAAAGUAUCUGGUGACAACGAGAGACCAAGGACUGGAAUACUCACCAGAGCAAGAAGAAGAAUUCAAUAGAAUCUAUUCAAAGUUACUACCUGAAGGCAGAGAUAUGCCAGAGGUGAAUAUCUUUAGUGAUGCAGGUUUCGCCAACUGCGUAAAGACUAUGAGAAGUACAAGUGGAUCGAUCAUGUAUUUCAAAGGCGUUCCAAUUGCUUGGAGAAGUAACCGACAAACUGUCCGUGCCUAUUCUACGGCUGAAAGUGAAUAUAUUGCAGCUUCUGACACUAUUGUGCUUAGUGAACUGCAUGACUUUACAGACUUCUAUAGGCCUCUACCAACUCAGUUGGUACACACACAGAACGGCUUGUCUCCCUCUUUAGACAAUGCUGUGCUCUGGAUCGACAACCAAUCCGCGAUCACAACAGCCAAAGCAACUGACACACGCCCGAAGAGUCGCCAUUAUGCACUUCGCUACUUGCGUGUGCGUGAUGCGGCCAGUAAGAUAGUUUUCUGUCCAACUAACUUAAUGAAGGCUGAUGGCUUAACUAAGUUAGAAUGUAGUUCGUCUCAACGUAGACUACUACUUCACCAUAUAGAUAACCCGAUAACUAAAGUUGAGCAUGAUGAUUGUGAUUCCUCAGACGAUGAAACGAAUGGGGAUGAUUUAGCUUACUAUAGUGUAGUAUAUUCGGUUUAUUUUGGUUUCUAGCCGAGUAUACCGUAGCCAUAGAAGAGCAGCUAGGAGAUAUGACUUCCGUGGUAGUCCAGAGACUAGGGACUUCGACACGCAACGAUUGAGGAGAGGUGUUGGUCAAGGUCAUAAUCCUCGAAAUGUCACAAAGAUCACAAGGAUGAAGAUCAGCAAAAUGACCAAGAUCGCCAGGCAAAAGGUUACCGGAGCACCAUCCAAACGCCCGACGGGUUUACCGUCGCGCGGGUGUCUCUGGCUUCUCCUCUCUCUCUCGUUUGUGGCUCAAGCCUCCCAAUACAGUCAAGGACAAAACAGCACCGGAAUGAUCUCAAAGAUAACCUACAGACCUAAAUGCAUAUAGUUCCAAAAACAGUGAUCAUCAGGCAAAGGACCUUCAACGUAUUCAGAUAGAAGAAAUGAUGAAUGUUUCAUAGCUGUAAUCAGGUUCAUAACGUACUGUCAGUUCUGAUCAAUGAUGAGAAUCAACAUAGGAUGAUCGUAUGAAUCAAUGAUGAUAGCAUAAGCGUUUCCAUAUGAAAGUUUCCCCAUGCAACAUGAUAUCCCAAUGAUGAAGCUGAGACUUCCUCCUUGCAACCCCAAUGAAUAUCCACAGGGAUCAUUUCGCCUAGUGGUCAAGUGUCUCAGUUCAGUUUCUCCGGAUCUGAAUGACGCAGGGUUCGAAUCCGACUGAUGUCAGAAUUCGGCACACCCGUCACUGGGAGGGCUAAGGAACGGCAUCCAUGCCGCGAAGCCGCCGGGCAAGGCCUGUGUACGAGGUAAGACACGGCGACCCAGAGGAAGGGCCCGGCCCGUCCUGUGCUCGCCCCGGAGAAAUGACCAACCAGAGAUCAUUAGUCUCAGGCUGUGAGUGCAAAUUGUGAAAACAGUAUCACUCUCAAGUGUCUCCUACCGAGAAACUAGAUGCGACUUAACAGUCUGUGUUCGAAUGUAUCCAACAUAUUCGUAUUCUCCUUUGUAUAAGUAGACAUAUAUUAUUUAUAUAAGUGGAAGCAGAUUAUCUUCAGCUCUAAUUCGGAUCGUUCGUCGCAUGGCGGUCCGCAUCCCGACCCUUCCACAAAUCCAAGAGCAGGGUCCUCGUCAUCCGAUUCGUUCUACACGAGCCCGCGCGCCUGUCAGACUCCCAGGGAGCACCCGCGUGACUUCGCUGCUCGAAUUUUUGCGAGUCGUGGUGGAGAUGGACCUCGUGUUGAUCGCCCUAGAAGCGCAAGACCCAGUAUUAAUCAAUCUGUCUAUAAUAAGAGCAAGAGCAGGUAUCUUCAAUCUACUAUUAAGUUUCAAAGUUCAUUUUGCACGGCAUCAUGACGAUUAGGAAGCAGGCGUGUCUAGUACUGUUUUACUCGGGAAGUACACUGCUAGUUAUAAAAGACACAAUGUCGCUGGCCCUGUCCCCGUAGCAACAUGCGUACAUCGACACGUAUCAUUAAUCUCAGGUUUUCGUAAUUCGAAUCGUGAGUAUGCGAGCGUUCCUGGCAACAGAAGUAGUACAUCUAGUAGUCAAACUCAAAGCCAGCAGCAGCAGGAGGAGCCUCCGCAGGCACCCGAGAGGGGUGGACGAGGGAUGCCACCUCGCGACCCAAGCUCUCGCGCUAGCACUGGCGCCGAUCAUGGUACAAGCAGUAAACAUGACAACGUUUACUAUAAUGAGCACGUGCCUCGAUUUGCUCAGCAGAGGCCGCAAAGCGCGAACCUGCACAAUUUUCGUCGGGCCUCGCGUGACUUUGUCUACCAGCAUAGAGCGGAACCGGACAGCGCGCGUUCGAGUCGUUACGAUUUUUCGAACCCGCCAAGCAGUGCACGUCGCGGGUCUUCACAAUACUCGGCUCGCAGUGAAGACUCGCCACACUAUGCCUCAUUCUCCACGGCGCAGCAAAAGGAGGAGAGGAGAAGAAGCAACGUUUCUGCGAGUACUAGACAAGAGGAUCAACAUGUGCGAAAUGAAUAUGACACCAGCACCAGUAAAGGUACUAGUAGCUGCCAAGGCGAUUACAACAACUACAACAACUACCGCCCGCCGUCAUCUGGUGGGCAUGCGUCUCAAGCGGCAAGCGGUGGUUCGGAAAACAGGAGUUCGUCUUCUUCGAAUAGACCAGCUUCUAGGGGAUACGAGCACGACGCAGCACGUCCUCCACGGCCGAAUAAUUUUGGAUCCUCGCAGCCGCGCCGUCCAGCCUCAUCCUAUAGCGCCAGACCGCCAAGCGGAGGCCCAGCUUCGUUCUUUCAGUUUCCAGCAUGGGCCAACUCGCGACAGGCCGCGGAUACCAAGCAGCGGGAGCAGGAGGAGCGCGAGGCAAAGGAGCGGGAGGUGCUUCGGGAGCAGCUGAAGCGGGAGAAAGAUAAGAUGCGAGAGCGCGAGAGACAGCGCCAGGCGGACUACGAACAGGCAAAGCGCGAACGAGAAAACUAUUUCCGGCAACAGCAGUACAGACAAAAUGGAGGAGCCUCUUACUCAAAUUUAUGA